GUCCUGAUUAACUAUGUCGAUCAUCAUCAUCAACAUCCUCACCAAACUUAAAAGAAAACAAUUUUCACUGUUCUUGAUAUGUUUAUCUUUCUUCUCUGCUCUACCACUGUCACUUUUCCUUCGCCUGCCGGCCGCCGUACUCCGCCGUUGAUUCAGUUUCCGGUGACUGUCUUCCACUGUCCUCCUCCUCCUAUUUAACCUCCUUCUCCUUUCUACAGGAUGAUAGCUAUUUCGAAUUCUCUGCUUUUAUCAACAACCCCUUCUCUGCAUUUCACUUCUGGAUCUAGUUUGAAGUCGGCAGAUAAAAGUGUCAGUGAUACCACCAAAUUGGCCUUCAGUCCAAGGCGUGGAGGAAAAUCAUCCUCAUCUAGAAGAUCAAUAACCGUUCAAGCAGAAUAUAGUGAUGGGGGGAGGCCAAGCAAUUCAAGCAUCUUUGUAGGUGGCUUUCUUUUAGGAGGAGUAAUCAUUGGUGCACUUGGUUGUAUCUUCGCACCAGAGAUUAGCAAGGCAUUAGCUGAAACAGAUAAGAAGGACCUCAUGAGGAAGUUGCCCAAGUUUAUUUAUGAUGAAGAAAAAGCAUUGGAGAAACAACGCAAGAUACUAACUGAGAAGAUUGUCCAGCUGAAUGACGCUAUUGACGACAUCUCCAACCAGUUGAGGUCAGGGGAUGCAGAAAAUGGAGCUGCCGUGAACCUAGAUGAAGUUGAAAGUAUUAUAUAAAGUACACAUCAGUUGGUUUCAUGUAAAGGGGAUAAACUUUCUGAAGACAUUGAGCAAAUUCUAAGUGUAUUGUAUCUGGACUAUUUUAAAACUACAUUACCAUCAAAUAUGAAGUAACAAUACAAGUUUUAACAUAA